GACCCGAGGCCCCAUCUCAUUUCGACCAGAAAACAUUACGGAGAAAAGCCUAGGGAGCCUCCCAUUCAGUCGAGAGUCUCGCAGGGCCUUAGAGACUCCUAUCGCAUGUUAAGGACACAGCAAACAACAAUCUACGAUGCUCUUGACCUCCUCGCUUGGCACUCUACAGCUCCUAACGAUACUAACUCACCUUGUCAGCGCACCCUAUACUAAGGUUGAGGAAUCCUUCAAUCUUCAGGCCACACACGAUAUACUCCAGUACGGUCUUGCCACGGUGAAUGCCACCGCUUCCUUACAGGCAGAUUACGACCACCUUACCUUCCCCGGGGCUGUACCAAGGACGUUCGUCGGGCCCGUGAUUCUGUCUGGGCUAAGUAGCCCUCUGAUCGGCGUUGUUGGGGGGAGAGUGAAUGGGCAGUUAGUUGUGAGGGGUGUACUGGGUGGUCUUAGUGCGCUGAGCCUGAAUCUGUUCACCAGGGCGGUCAGACAAAGUUAUGGAUCUACGACAGCAGUGUUAUAUACUCUCUUCCAGCUAUCGCAAUUCCAUCUACCGUAUUAUUCAUCUCGAUUAUUGCCAAAUACUUUCGCACUGAUACUUUCUACCACGGCGUUCUCAUUCUUAUUACCAGCCCCUGGGACACCUUCUAGACGACAAGUCGGGCACUAUAAAGUUGGGAUCUACAUUUUGACUUUCACAUCCAUCGUCUUCCGUUCCGAGCUAGCAAUACUACUAACCUUCGUUUCGCUACAGCUCCUCCUCACCCGCCGAAUCGGCCUGGGUAACGCCAUCGUGGCCGGUGUGGCCGGUGGGGUAAUUGGACUAGGGAUAACACUGGGGAUAGACAGUUACUUCUGGCAAUCAUACACCCCCGCCGCGCCAUUCAAUACCCCACUGCUGACCGAAAAAACCGGCCUGAUAUGGCCAGAGUUAUCCGGGUUUCUCUACAAUGCUAUCGAGAACAAGAGUAGCGAUUGGGGAACGUCCCCGUGGCACUACUACUUCACCAACUCCCUCCCAAAGCUCCUACUAAACCCCCUCCUACUCUUACUCAUACCAGCAGGAAUCUAUAACUCCCCGCGCACCAUCACCGAAGCCUACAUUCUCCCCGCACUCGGUUUCGUAAGCGUGUACUCCGUCCUCCCACAUAAAGAAUGGCGCUUCAUAGUCUACGUCGUGCCAAUUCUAACCCUAUACGCCUCCGUCGGCGGGGCCUGGGUCCUCAACCGCCGAUCAAAAUCCCCCAUUUAUGCCCUCACCUCCCUAGCCAUUAUCUCCUCCAUCCUCCUCGCAUCCCUCGCAAGCGCAAGCAUGCUACUAAUAAGCUCAUACAACUACCCAGGCGGUCAAGGCAUUAACAAACUCCACCGCCACAUCCUCCCCUCCUUCUCCCGCUCCCCCCCAGCAUUACCAAAAGUCCACUUAGACACACUUACCUGCAUGACGGGCGCAACCCGCUUCCUCCAAGACGCUCCCCUCUACCCCUCCCCUUCCCCUCACACCUCCCCAUCCGCAAGAUCGAAAAUCACCUUCGACAAAACCGAAGACGAAACAACCCUCCUCACACCCUCUUUUUGGUCUGACAUCCAAUGGGUGAUAACUUCCUCCCCACCGCGCAUCAUCGGGAAAUACGAGGUUGUGGAUAGCGUCACUGGAUGGGCGGGCAUUCGCAUAUACCGUCCCGGGGAGAAAGUCUGGCUGUAUGAAGAGCCGGGAUUGGAAGAGCAAGGGGCGGACAAGCCGGGGGUUGGGAAUGAUAGCAGAAUAAGGAGUUGGAUUGGAAGAGGGAUUGAGGACGGGUGGGGGGUUAGGGAUUUGUUACUUAGGGGGUGGUGGGUUGGUGUUAGGAUGGAAGAGUUGGUUUGGGUGCUUAGAAAGCAAGAUGGUGAGAGCUCCAUAGCAAUGGUUGUACUUGCUGCCUCAAUUUGUACCCGUGGGGGGAAGGCUGUGCUAUCACGGCAGUUCCGUGAAAUGCCCCGCUCGAGGAUUGAGGGUCUCCUAGCCUCGUUUCCGAAGCUUACUGACACUGGUACUCAGCAUACCACCAUUGAGACGGAGAACGUUCGAUAUGUCUAUCAGCUACUCGAUGAGCUUUAUUUGGUUCUUAUUACAAAUAAGCAGUCCAAUAUCCUCCAGGAUAUCGACUCCCUGCACCUCUUCGCUCAGGUCGUUUCUUCUAUUUGCAAAUCGCUUGACGAACGGGAGAUUCUUAAGCAUUCGUUUGAGCUAUUGAGUGCUUUCGAUGAGGUUGUUUGCCUGGGCUACAGAGAAAACCUGGGGCUACAGCAGGUCAAAGCUUUCUUGGAGAUGGGGAGUCAGGAGGAGAAGAUUCAAGAGAUUAUCUCAAGGAAUAAAGAGUUCGAAGCUACCGAGGAGCGGAAACGCAAAGCGAAGCAGCUUGAUCUUCAACGUAAAGAGAUGUCUCGCAAUCCCACUGGUAUGGGGUCGACAGGACGUUCAGGUGGAUCUCAUUCUUCCCACUUCCCCACUUACACCCCUACACCGAAGCCGGUUGUUGCCGACUCGUACGACACCUAUGAAAAGAAGAAGACCUUUUCCUCUGCGCCGAAGGGCAAAGGUAUGCAGCUUGGCCGCAAAUCCAAGACGACGGAGAUGUUCGAUCAGGUACGCAAUGAGUUAAGCCCUGAGGCGGAAGAACGUGCUCCACUUGUUCAGGCGCAAGAGACUGCUGCUUCACCGAGACAGAGCUUCAGUGGCGACAGGAAGGCUAUUCAGGUUACCAUUUCUGAACAGAUCAGUGCCGAGCUUUCUCGUGACGGCGGAAUGAAGAGCUUUGAAGUCAAAGGUGAUCUGCAGCUCAAGAUUCUGGACCAAACCCUGUCAAAGGUCAAACUCAACAUCUCAGCAAACACCUCUGAUGCACAAUUCCGCACACACCCGAACGUGGACAGAGCGUUGUUUAAUGGACAGUCUGUUAUUCAACUGAAAGACCAAUCUCGCGGUUUCCCGCAAAACCAGCAAAUUGGUGUUCUCCGUUGGCGCACCACCACUGGUGAAGCCCCGCUUUCCUUCACCAUCUGGGUUAAUGCGGGUUCCAGCCGUGGAAAGUACAACGUCACAGUCGAAUACGAGCUUUCUUCUGAUGAUACUCUCAGGGAUGUUGUUGUCAGUAUCCCGUUCAGGCAUGAUGAACCAUCUGUCACUAGUGUGGAUGAGGUCUACGAGGUUGCGGGGGAUAGUCUUGACUGGACACUCCUUUCUGUUUCUGAGGAUAAUGCUACUGGAAGUUUUGAGUUUGAAGCGGAGGCGGAUUCUGAGGGAGAGUUCUUCCCAAUGACUGUGAGGUUUAGGAAGGAGAAGCCGAUUGUUCAUGUUGAUGUUGACGGCGUGACCUUGAUAGAGGUGGGCGAGGGUGUCGAUUUUUCCAGGGAAAUUAAGGUUGUCGCGGAUAAUUAUGUCAUUAAUUAGAUUGGAUUUUUUUUUUUUUUCAAAGAUGACGAUUGGGUUUUUUUGUUGUAAGUUGGGUGUUAAAAAUUAAAGUGGAGUGAUGUUUCUUUGUCGCGAUUCCCGGUCGGCCAUAAAAUAGGUUGUCUUUUAGAA